ACUCAAGUCUGUGCAGUCAGUCAGAUGUGCAGCAGAGAGAGUUGCUUACAGUCGACGAGGGCCAGAUCGUUGGGCACGGUGAAGUGACGGGGAAGGAUGUUAUGAGAUGUACGCAUGUGUUGAGUGAUGUCUAGGUAGAGCAGAGCAGUCACUGUCUCGGUCUGCUUGGCAUACAGUGUAUCGUCGCAUUUACCCCGAUUGUUGUGCACUGUGAAGGGAUACUAGGGGAGCUUCAAUUUCACGACAAAACUGAGAACUUUCAAGAUGAACGUUUACUGGAAACCCACGAUCCUUCUCUCCCUCUGCCUCUCCAGUGCUGCCAACAUGAUAAGCUCCCACAACUGUAAAGACAAGCUCAGAACGUUCCAUGUGGUCCGUGUGUCUGUCAACGGCACUGCAUCGGUCAGCUGCCCCAACCUGACAGGCAAGGACCAGGAGGAGAUGAGAUUCCACCUUUACUUGGGCUUGGUCGAGGUUGGCAACCACACUCACGACAGUGCUCACAACCACAACUCCACAGAGACAGUGAGUCCUGUUGGGGAGGGUCUGGGGCUGAGGGUGAACGAACAGGACCAUACGGUCAGUUUUGUCCUCUCUGGAAUGACCACGGAGCGCGCUGGGGUCUAUACCUGUGAGGGGCAACCCAUGUACCCACCUCCCAUUGAGAAAGUACAAGACGAGACUCAGACUGUGGUCCUGGUUGAAGCAUACCAGUGCCAGGCAGGAAAGACUGUGGGAUGUGUAGAGUCUAGAGUGGAUGGUGUCCCUGUUUGGGCAUGGGUGCUGGGGUUCUGGGUCACCAUCCUCUAUGGCCUGGCUGUCACUGUCAUCGCCUUUGUCAUCUGGCUCAGACUGAGGAGAGUGAAGUGUUCCCAGAGCGACUACAUGAACAUCAAACCCAAAGCUCCACUCAGGGGGCCCAGGAAGAAGCAGGGGGUCCAGCAUCCAAUCAGAAUGGGACGAUACUGAUCAGUCAUCCUCAGAUCAGUCAUUCUCAGACAAAAGCAACACGAGAGUUGAGCCUUUAUUGGCCUUUGAGAGCUGACUGGAGAAACAGACAAAGUUCUUUAUGUAAAUACGAAAGCUUGCCCUUCAAAUGAUGUGGUGUAUCUUAGUCAUCUUAGAAAUGUGAAUCAAAUAAUUAUAGUCUGAUGUAAUAUGAUCUUCUGGGAAACUAUUGAGAAUGGAGUCUUGAAGUUGUGGGCAGCAUACUAUAUAAGAAAAUAUCCCCAUGCAUACUGUAGAGAACGAACACACACGCCAACACACAUCAUUUGGUUAAGCAUACAGUCACAGGGAUAUCCUCUUUGAUUUGUAGUGGGCGUGUAGUGAAGAGGAAGACCCUAGCUCUGUGGUGAAUGGGUCUCACAGGAAACAGUGGUUUCCGAAUAUGAGGGGACUGAACCACAUUUUCACACACUCUCUCUGAGAGCCACUGAUUGUCAUGUACAGUAUAUGUAUCAAAAUAAGGGACUGCCUUACAUUGAAACUGGCACACUGAAUGACAAAUCCCUGCUUGUCCUUUUAAUGGACUAAUACUUUGUUACUGUACUUAAGUAUUAUUCUUUUUUAAAUCUAAUCAAGCUGGUGGUUCAAAUUGAGCAUUCCCCAGCUACAGGCCUCUCUCAACUGUUUCAGUGUAUUGUAAUAUUUUAGUUUUAACCAUUGUUUACAGAUUUUUAUAGAACAACUUACAACUCAUCCUUUGAGGGUUAACUUAACUCAGCCACGAGGAAACGGUAAAAUACAAAAAAACUGCUGUAAUGACAAAAACUAAAAAACACACCCAUAGUAUCAUUUCCUGUCUACUUGGAGGCUUGUGUUUUGUACCAUUGUGCACUAGAGUAUGCAUAAGAUGGACUGCAUCUUGAUGUUGCACACCUUGCAGUUUCUAUGUAGAUAGGGCAAACGCAUUAAACCAGCAGACUAUUUUAUUUUUUAUUUAACCUUUAUUUAAUCAAGCUGGUGAUUCAAAUUGAGCAUUCCCCAGCUACAGGCCUCUCUCAACUGUUUCAGUGUAUUGCAAUAUUUUAGUUUUAACCAUUGUUUACAGAUUUUUAUAGAACAACAUACAACUCAUCCUUUGAGGGUUAACUUAAGUAACUCAGCCACGAGGAAACGUUAAAAUACAAAAAAAACUGCUGUAAUGACACAAACAAAAAAACACACCUAGCAUAAUUUCCUGUCUACUGUUUCCUUGAAGCGUGUGUUUUGUGCCAUUUUGCACUAGAGUAUGCAUAAGAGGGACUGCACCUUGAUGUUGCACACCUUGCAGUUUCUAUGUAGAUAGGGCAAAUGCAUUAAACCAACAGACUAUUA